AUGUCUCGUUUUGAGGAUUUGGACGAUGUGAUGCGCCUGGACACCUAUAUUCCCACUGUGGAGGACACCUAUCGACAGGUGAUCAGCUGUGAUAAGAGUGUGUGUACGCUCCAGAUAACUGAUACAACAGGCAGUCACCAGUUCCCUGCCAUGCAGAGGCUGUCCAUAUCUAAAGGACAUGCCUUCAUACUGGUCUACUCUGUAACCAGCAAACAGUCACUGGAGGAACUCAAACCUAUCUACCAACAGGUGAUAGCCAUAAAGGGGAACAUAGAGGCCAUCCCCAUCAUGUUGGUGGGCAACAAGAGUGAUGAGACCCAGAGAGAGGUGGAGACUAAAGAUGGAGAGGCMCAGGCGACCACGUGGAAGUGUGCGUUCAUGGAGACGUCAGCUAAGACCAACCACAACGUGACCGAGCUGUUCCAGGAGCUGCUCAACCUGGACAAGAAGAGAAACAUGAGUCUCAACAUCGACGGCAAACGGUCGGGAGGAACAGUCCAGAGUGAGAGACUGAAGGAAAAGUAG